GGCCGGGGCAGGUCACUCCGCCUCCGCCCGGGAGGCUCCCGGGGGCCGCCGCGAGCGCGCUGGGGCGGGAGGCCGGACGGCGUGGGGGCCGCCACCGUCCAGCAGGCCGGCGCCAGCCCUCGGAGUUUCCAGCCGCGCCUUCCAGUAGCGCCUCACGGGAGCACCCCCAGAACGGGAGCAGCGCCCCGCCGCAGCACCUCGACCGGGAGCAUCCUCGCGCCCUCUGCCUCCUCCACCAGGGGUUCGCUGCCCGCGGCCGCAGACGCUUUUCCUUUCUUCUUACUUUCCGCUCCUUUUCGGUUGGGCUGUUUUGCACUCUCUAGCGGCCUCAUCGCUGUGAUCUCCCUGCUGGCCCCCUCGCGGCCCCUCUCUUUCCUUGGGUGUUUCGCAAUCGUCGGGUGGCCGCGGGAUCGCGCCUCCGGGCCGGCGUUCCCCACUCCUGCCUCCGUCGGCGUCGGCGCGCCCCAGAGCGAGGGAGCCCCGGCGGCCCGCGCCCCCGCCCGGCAAAGGCAUUUAGAGCUAUAAAUUUCCCUCUCAGCACUGCCUUUUCUGCAUCCCAUAAGGUUUGAGAAACCAUUUGAUGCAGAGUCCUAAAAAUGCACUGUAGAGAACUACCUUUGGCACUUUUUGUACUUAUGUUUAUAAGUACAUCAGAAGCUUGUACGUCACGUUUCCGUAUUACUGCAGUUGAAGGCGAGCCUUUCUAUUUGAAAUAUUGCUCAUCUUUACCUGAGCAUGAGAGUGGAAAAAGCGCCGUCAGGUGGUACAAGAGCAGUGGAUCACAUGGGCACGUGGAGCUAAGCCCAAGCAGUUCUCCCAGAAUUGCUUUACAUGGUUAUGCUUUGGAAUUUUGGCCAGUUGAGUUGGAUGAUGCUGGAUCUUACAUUUUCCAAAGGGGAAAUGAUACCCAUAACUGGAAAUUAAAUGUCACCCGAAGAGACAAAAACAGCUGCUUUACCAAAAAACUAGUCGUUAGUAGAACUGUGGAAGUUAAACAAUAUUUGCAGGUAACCUGUGAAAACCGUUACUAUCAAAACCUGGUCAACAGAACAUCAUUGUAUAAGAGUCUGCCAAAUCACUGGGACUUUUACUCAACAAAUGACUGUAAAAAGAUAGCAGAGAACAAUAAAAAUCCAUUUAUACAGAAGAAUGCUGAGUUUAAAGAUCAGGGAUUCUACACCUGUGUGUCUUCCCUUUAUCAUAAUGGAAAACUAUUUAAUGUCACCAAAACCUUCAAUAUAGCAAUAGCUGGAGAUCGCAAUAAUAUAAAUCCAGUUCUUUUUGGACCAGAGGUUAACCAUAUUGAAGUGGAAUUAGGGAAAGAUGUACAGCUCAACUGCUCUGCUUUGAUAAAUGACAUGGAUCUGGUUUAUUGGAAUGUCUUGAAAGAAAAUGGAACAAAUCCUAACGUAUAUGAAGAGGAAGGAAUGAGAAUAAGUACUUCAGAAGGUAAAUGGCAUGCUUCAAAAAUAUUGAGAAUUGAGAAUAUUACUGAAAAUAAUCUCAAUUUUUCAUAUAACUGCACGGUGGUCAGCGAGGGAAGCGUAGACACCAUAAGAUUCAUCUUGUUGAAAAAAGAAGAUAUGGGUGACAUCCCAGGCCACAUCUUCACUAGAGGAAUGAUAAUAUCUGCUUUGGUCUUGGUGGCAGUUGUGUGCUUAGUGACGAUGUGUGUCAUGUAUAGAGUUGACUUGGUUUUAUUUUAUAGACACUUAAUUGGAAGAGAUGAAACAUUAACAGAUGGAAAAAUCUAUGACGCUUUUGUGUCUUACCUGAAAGAGUGUGGACCUGACCACGGAGAGGAGCACACCUUUGCUGUGGAGAUUUUGCCCAGGGUGUUGGAGAAACAUUUUGGGUAUAAAUUAUGCAUAUUUGAAAGGGAUGUAGUGCCUGGAGGAGCUGUUGUUGAUGAAAUCCAUUCCUUGAUAGAGAAAAGCCGAAGACUAAUAAUUGUCCUAAGUGAAAAUUACAUGUCUAAUGAAGUCAGGUAUGAACUUGAAAGCGGACUCCAUGAAGCACUGGUGGAAAGAAAAAUUAAAAUAAUCUUAAUUGAAUUUACUCCUGUUAGUAACUUCACAUUCUUGCCCCAAUCACUGGAACUUUUGAAGUCUCACAGAGUUUUGAAGUGGAAAUCUGAUCAGUAUCUUUCUUAUGACUCAAGAUUCUGGAAAAAUCUUCUUUACUUGAUGCCUGCGAAAAAAGUCAAGCCAGAGAGAGAUGAAGCAGAGGUCCUGCCUGUUCUUUCAGAGUCUUGAUCUUCAGGAAAACUGAAUGUCGGAAAGAACUCUAGUUACUCUGGGGUCUGAGCAUAUGAGCCUGUUUGUAGCAAAGGACUUUAUUCAAAAUAUUUAACUCUAAGAAAACCCUAUUCAUAGUUUGACUUAAAUGUGUCAGUAAGGUGUCAUGGAUAAGACUAAACGUUUAGCUGUAGUCACCUGCUUCCAGAAGACCCUGGAAUUCCAGAGAAGCAGAGCUCCUCUUUCUCCCUCUUCCAAAACUGGAUGCAGCUGCUCAGACUUAAUCCCAUAUUCAGGCACUGUGAAGCUGGACACGGUGGGGAACAUUAGAUGCCUACAAGAAGGGCCCAGCUUUAAGAGUUUUUAAUGCUAACCACCUAAUUUGACCUAAUAGAAUUUAAGAGCCUGAAGAGGUGUCUCUUAUGAACUGAAGUGUCAGUGUAACUGGAACGCUGCCUUCACUCUCCCUCAGCAGCUGCCUGCCUCUGGGUGUGGUGAAGCACACGCGGGGUGUGGAAGGGACAGCUGGCCCGGCUGCCUGCAGAGCAGGGGAAUGAGGCAGGAGCCUGCCUCUGGGUGGUUUCAGCCUCGGGGUGCAUGGAGUGGAUCCUGACCACACUUGCAAACCCUGGGCUCUUGGAACCCCAGUAAGGCACUGUCAAGAGCUUGCUUAAUUAGGCCUCAUGAUGGCUGGGAGCUGUGUACCUCCAGACAAACACGUUCUUAAAUGUAAUCCAUUUCUGUGGGUAUAAACCCAUUGUAAGUAGGACUUUUCGAUGAGGUUUCUUCAGUUAAAGUGUAUCCCACCUCCAUCACGAUGAGUCUUAAUCCUAUUACUGAAGUCUUUUAUAAGCAGAAUGAAAUUCAGAUGGAGAGAGAAAGUCACAGAGGGAGCAGCUGGAAGCUGAACAUCAGUGGGACCCGGAAGAGAAUGGAGAGGCCAGGAGAGGCCGCCAUGUGCUUUGCCGUAUGACAGAGGAGCCCGGGACCUAGGAUCGCAGGCAGCCGGCCCGGGAAUGCUACAGCCUUUGUGAGAAAGCGUGGCUUUGCUGAUGCUGGCUUUGGGCUUUUUCCUAGCCUCAAAACUGUGAGAUAUUAAAUUCCCAUUGUUUAAACCAGCCCAUUCCAUGGUAUUUGCUUGAGCAGGCAAGGAACCUAAAACAGACCUAUUUAUGGAAACUUCUUAAAGGGAACCCAAAUCUCUUUUUUAAUUUUUCAUGAGAAAUGCAAAUUUUCACUCAUGAUUCUCUGGGUCUUUUACUUCCAUUGAUUUUAUGUAAAUGCUUAUAUACGGGAUGGGUGCAAGAUGAUACUAGCCAUUAAACAACAAAAAAGCUG